CUGCGGAUGGCGUCAGGCUGUCUGUGCCGCUGAACCCCCCUCGACGACACUCGCGGGGCUGAAUCCCUGGGCGCAGGCUGCUAUUGUCGUUCUCAGCUCCCUUCCACCUACCCUGGAUGUCUAUGCACAGUGAUGGCGGCCGACCGAGCGCCCAGUACGCAUGUGCGACAGUAGAAAAUCACGCGACAUUAUAGAUUACAGACGUGCAAAUUAAGUCUGAAAACGGAAUUACAACAGAGCCGAUGGAACUGAUUUGCUACUUUUACGCAACUCAUUUAAACUAAUGUCAACUGAUGAAAAACAAAUAUAUGGCAAAUUUAAAAAGAGAAUUUACUAAAAAAAGAUCUACCAGGAAGUACAUAAGCUCGUUUUGGGUGUAACAAACCCAAAACGUUGUCUAUUGACUGUUCUUUGAAUGCUCCUGUGUUACACUUACCACCACUGCCUGCUGAUGAUGUGGAUGAUGUGGAUGGAGCCACUGCAGUGCGUGCAGUAUCAGGCUUCCCACACUGCUCCGCAGCCCCCAGGAGCCGCAGGAGUGCCGCAUGCACACCUCGGACAUCGCGCCGCACAAAGCCAUGCACGACCUCAUCCUGCUCAUCCACUAGCACCUGGCCGAGACUGAGCUCUCCAGCCAACUGGAGCGCAAAAGAGGAGCUUUGCCGGCUCUACCGCCACCUGGAGGAGGAGGGGAAUAAGACAGAGGCCCAGCUGUAUGCCAUGCUGCCCAAACACGUGGCCAAUCAGCUGAAGGAGGGCAAGAGAGUGGAGGCAGGUGAAUUUAAGGAGUGGACCAUCCUCUUCAGCGCCGUGAUGACCUUCACCAGCAUCCGCUCUGCGUGGAAACCCAUCCAGAUAGUCAUCAUGCUCAACUCCAUGUCCCUGAAGCUUGACAGGCUGACCACCGUGUACGAUGACUACAAAGUGCUGGAGGUGUUUUCUUUCACUGUGUGUCCACAGCGUAUCAGCACAGCGAAGUACGAUACAGGUCAUUCAUACAGCCCUUCUGGCUGUGAAUGGGAAAUGGAUCAGUAAUCCAGGAGAAGCUUAAUCAAGGGAACACAGGUGAAGACACGGGUCUGGGGUGGGGGGCGGAGGGGGGUAGAAAUGGGGUUGGAAGUAUU